AUGGCCACAAGGGUUGCUCCAUCCUCCUCACCGCAGACCCUCCACCACUCCUCCUCCGCUGCCCACGCCCACUCCCAAGCCCAAGCUCACCACCAACCCGUCCAGCCCGUCCAGCCCGUCCAGCCCAACGAUGCUGCUGCAAACCCCAACAAGCGCGCAAACCCCGGCGCCAACCCCGGAUUCCCCUCCCCCCACAGAUCACCCUCGCCCGCUCCCCAGCACCGCCGCGGCUACCAGGCCUGCGAUCCGUGUCGCAAGAGAAAGGUUCGCUGCGACCUGGGAAGCGUCGACAACCCACGCCCCCCGCCCUGCGUCCGCUGUCGCCGGGAAAGCAAACGCUGCGAGUUCUCUGCCACCCGCCGCAAGCGCAAAGUCUCAGAAGCAACAGGCCUUGCCAAUGGCGAUCUCGAGGAGGAUACCACGUUGCGCAGAGACAAGCGCAUGAUGUCUGCAGAUGCCUCGCGUCUCGAUUCCGCGGAGAGCGUCAACAGCGGUUCCAAUAAUAUCAGCAGUGUAAAUGAUAAUGAUAAUGACGAUGAUACGAAUAGCAACGACAUCUCAUCCUUUCCCCCUGCCCCCCUCUCUGGUGUCGAUACCGAUAUCAGCAUGUCGUCCUCCUCCCACCGUCGAUGGACUGAGCCCGGACACCCGCCCCAGAACCGCUUCGCCAUCGCCCCCGCAAACCCUAUCUCGCCCAACCAAUAUCACAGUAAUACCGCGAGUGCCAGUGGCAAUACAAGCGCCGGCGGUCAUCGGUUACCGACGCGAGGGGUAGGCCCCCCCGGUGCAGGUACAGGUAAAGGUGGUUAUGCGGAAAACCUGGCCUCAGCCAGCGGCCAGCAAGUCAUGAACCGCACCGCGGCUGAGCUACUAUCCCCCGCCAUCAGCAACACACACGAUGCGCUCCAUCUCCUAUCCGAAGCAGCGGGGAGGACUGAGGAUUUAAAUCGCCAGCAGCAGCUGGACUAUCGCUAUUCCGCGUCCACGUCGAGCUUUGCCUCGCCAACUGACGCCCUGGCGAGGGGAAACGUCUCAGAGAAAUCUGGGAGGUCCAUGUCCAACGGCCAGCAGUCUCUCCAUCGCUACCAGCCGCAGACCGCCGGUUCGACUUCAGUUGGCGUUGUCGAACAUCGUGCUGGUGAAGCGGGAGUUGUUGGGACCAGCGAUGCCGGUAGGGAAGGGUCCAGGUUGAUGAAUGCGCCUCCUUCGCUGAAAGGCGGAUUUGUAGAGGAUAUGGAUUAUGUGAAUGCUGUGAGGGUGUGGUCGAGGUUUCGCUUUAUUAGGGCCGGCAACGGCGCAAAUUCCCGCGCCUACUCCAUCCACGAGAAACUGUGGUCCUAUCUACGCGGUAUGAUCGAACGCUUAAUCUGGGGCCAAGAGAAGUUCGACGGGGGCACCUUACCCUCCCAAAUACCCAAAUUCUCCUUCGCCCCUGGCCAAUCGAAUGCGAGUAGUGGAAAUCUACGAUCACUGGGCACUAUCGAGGCCCUUCUGCUCCUGACGGACUGGCACCCGCGCGCCUUGCAUUUCCCGCCUGGUGAUGAUGAGAAUACACUCUUGGAUAUUGACCCACAGCUCCUGACGCAGAUCCAGACGCAGUCUCUGGAUAAUCGGGGGAAUAUCGAUCAUGAUCACGAUCCCAUAACGACGGGCAAGGCACAGAGUAUUAGUAGCGGCGGCGGCGGCGGCGGCGGAGGAGGAGGAGGAGGUGGAGGAGGAGGAGGAGGAGGUGGUGGUGGUGGUAGUAGCUCGGAGGGUCGUCUUGCGUUCUACAAAUGGCUCGAACCUGUCUGGCGCUCCGAUCGCAUGUCCUGGAUGCUCCUCAGCACCGCACAAGCGCUCGCCUUUGAGCUCGGUGUCUUCGACCCCAAAAACGACCAGAUGUCCAACAACGCGAACACGGAGUCCUCGACCGAGCGCAUCCGGAAACGCCGCGUGCGCAAGCUGAUUCUCGUAUAUGUCUCGCAGAGUAGCGGGCGGUUGGGGAUCCCCUCCAUGCUCCCGCUCCCACAAUGGGGGAUAAACAUGGAUCCAGUAUCGUCAGAGGACUGCCGCUUCCUAGACCCCCACGAGGACCGAUCGAUUGAUUUGAUGCAGGAUUGCUGGAUGGAUAUUUCGAAGAUCAUGUAUACGAGCAACCAGGUGUUGUUCCAGAGUAAAGAGCAGACGUCGAACUUGAUUAAGAGUGGAAGAUACCGGGAACAGAUUGAUAAGUUUAUACCGUCAUUGAGGGAGUUUAGGACGAAGUUUGAUCGGGUUUCUAAUAGAUGGACCACAAUGAGCAAUGAGGUUCAACAUCCAUCUACGGCGGGUUCAACGCGGCCCAACUCAACAGCCCAGACAAAUUCUUCCACUGCCGCCAAUGCGACCGCUUCGUGGCGGGUCCUCAUGGAACAGUACCAGGUCAACGAACCGUAUAUUCAAGAGGUCGUCGACGCCUCGCGACGGAUUUUGAAAACCGUCCUUGACGGUCUUCUCCCUGGCAAUUCCCUGAAACAUGCACCAGUUCGCACUUUUUUCCGAAUUUUAUCUGGAAUGAUAUUCAUUCUCAAGACCUUCACCCUAGGUGCCAAAGAAGAUGACGUCCGCAUCUCCCUCGACCUGCAAGACCGUACUAUCGAGUCUCUACGCACCUGCGUAGUCGACGAUGUCCAUCUAAGCGUCACAAUCGCUGAUCUCCUCCAGCUCCUAACCUCCAACAUCCGGAACAGGUUCCUCCGCUUUGCGCCCCCAGACCGCGUCACUGGCGAAUGCAGCAGUCGCGAACGAACACCGCAGCCGCAGGCGCAACCACCCGGACUCAUGUCCUCACCGCUGUCGACACGACAGUCACCCCAUCCGCCGGACCAUCUCGGCCACGCUUCAUCCCAGCAACUCGAUCAAAGCCAAAAUGACUUCCAAAACCCCGCACGCUGGCAGCAACAACAGCAACAGCAACAUCAGCUCUCUCCCAACACACCCUUCCACUUUGAUACAAACAGCCACCAUCAUCACCAUGCCCACCACCAACACCCCAACCAUCACCACAACCAUAGCCACAGCCAUCCGUCUACCACCCACGCAGAUCCCCUCGCCAACAUCCCCGCCCAACCCCUCAACUCCUCCAACCUGACCGUCUCCUUCAUGCCCCCGCCCGCCUCCGUUUACUACAACUACUACGACCCCAGCACCGCCUCGCUAAAGAUGGACCUCGACGGCGCAGAUCCCACCACCACGGCUGCCGCAGUUGCCAAUAACAACAACACCAUCUCACCCGACGUAAUCAAUAGCCAUAACCACACUGGAAACAACGGCGGGUCCUCACCAUCGCUCCCCAACGGCGCCACGAACGGCACCACCACCAGCGGCGGUGCCAAUACUUCCUCCAUCAACAAUAACAAUAACAACAAUAACAAUGCCACUGCCGCCACUGCCACCAACAGUGGCGGCGGCGGAGGCCAAUCAGACUGGUUCGCGCUGCCGCUCGAUCAGUUCUUCAACAAUGCGACGAUGGGGGUUGAUCAGGGACUGGGCGGGACGGGGCCGAUGGUGGGCGAGUUUGAUAUGCUCGAGGUGUUGUUGAAGGAGCAGGAUGAUAUGGGGGGUGGGUUUUUGUAG